GUUUGCUUUUUCUCAGUAUUCCUUUCCCGCGUUUCAUUCAUUGAUUUUUUACGUAUUUUUUCAUUAUUUCCUGGAAAAAUCAUGUCCAGGACUACACUGAAGAGUAUCUACAGCUUCAGUAGUGAAGAUUCAGCAUUUCCUGCUUCGAAUCUUCUAAAAAAUCUCAAAUGGAGAAGUCAGGGAGUUGGUCAGGAGACGGAGUACGUGACAAUUGAACUUGAGAAGCCAACCAGAAUCAAUGGGAUUGAUUUAGGGAACGAAUCUUCCUGUUUUAUCAGUGUCUUCGUGGUACGACGGGGCCAGGAGAUGAUCCCCGAAAAGUACCAAGAAAUCCUCCUGAGUGCUUCCUUUAUGACUCCCAUAGAGUGCAGAGCAAUGGAGAAUACUAAUCACGUCAGAUGCUUCAGCCAAACUGCCCUGGUGGAGAAUGUGGUCAAGGAAAAAUGGGAUUUUGUGAAGAUUGUCUGCUCACAGCCCUUCAAUGCUCAUGUUCAGUAUGGGCUGUCUUUUGUCACGAUUUAUUCGGCAGAAGAGGAAGUCCCGGAUUCAGGGAAGCUCGAGAAAACUUCAUCAUUGGGGAAAUUUCUUUUCCGGAAUGAAUCCCCGGAUUCUGAUGAGAAGUGUGGAUUGUUCUUGAAAUGGAAGGAAUCUCGCAGGAAAAGUGAGCAAUCUGAGCAACCGUCAACCAGUACGUCUUCUGCAGCUCAUGUUUUAGCUAUUCAGGGAUCCGGAGAAGAUCUGCAGGAUGGAGAUUCCUCACAGAAGCCCAAGAAAGCUGAUCGGCUAAGAAAAAAUCGAAUUGUGCACGAUUCUGAGGAUUCAGACGAUGAUGGAAGAACAUCAGCGAAAAAACCACGAAGAAGUGAAGAUGUGCCCAAAAUCAAACCAAAGAAGCCAGAGAAGAGAAUCUCCUAUCAGCCUUUUAGCAAACUCCUCAAUGGGGUGAUCUUCACGAUCAGUGGCAUUGAGAAUCCGGAAAGGGAAGAUUUGAGGAAGAAAGCAUCUGCAAUGGGAGCAAGGUACCGACCAGUUUGGAGCAGCAGCUGCACCCACCUCAUUUGUGCCUUCAAGAAUACCCCAAAGUACCAUCAGGUUAAGGGAUCAGGGAAGAUUGUGCAGAAAGAUUGGAUCCUGGAUUGCUACUCCGAACGGAUACGCUUCCCAUGGCGACACUACGCUCUCGAUCGCAGCGAAAGGAAUGAAUCAGACAGUGAGGAUGAAGUUCACGAUGAAGCUCGUCGUCCUCCUGACCAAGCCCAAGGAUCUUCCUCCAGGAACCGUAUCGUAGAUUCCGGAUCGGAUACAGAAGAUGAAAUUCAGAAAAUUCUGGCUGAGAAAGAUGCGGAGAAAAAUAUCUACAACAAGGAUACAGAUGAGGAGGGACCUUCCUAAUGGAUCCUGCGCUUUAAUCAUUGUAAUUGGCAGGAUAUUUCUGCCCAUGUGAAUCCUUUCAAUAAGAUAUUGAAGAGUUCUUCUUAA